AUUGUUCAACAACAGUGUUUGUUUGUUUUGUAAAUAUUCUAUCUAUCUAUUAUAUUAUUAUAUGUACCAAAUAUAUGUUUGUAAUAAUGACGAUUGUCAUUUCGGACAUUGUCAAUCAAACAUUAUUGUUGUCAAUGUUCAACAACAACAACAACAACAACAACAAUGACGACGACAACAGUAGUGGAAAUGAAAAUCUGAUCAAAUCAUCAUCAACAUCAGUGAUUUCAUCAGCUAAUCAACAUAUAUUGACAAAGCCUUUAUUUUAUUUACUACAAACUAAACAUGAUGAUGAUUUAUCUAUUGUCGAAACAAAAUAUCAGAAUGUUAAUUUAUCAUCAUCAACAACACGACGACGACGACGACAAUCGAUACGAAUUUAAUAUAUUUUGCCAAUUCAAGUGAUCUUGAAUUAGCCAUUGGUCCGGCACGUGAUUCAAGUUAUAUAGUCAUUUUAAUGACCAUUGUCUAUGUAGCCAUAUUAAUUACCGGUGUAUCUGGUAAUCUAAUCACAUGUUUAGUAAUUGCACGUAAACGUUAUUUACAUACAGCAACCAAUUAUUAUCUAUUCAGUUUAGCUGUAUCUGAUCUAUUAUUAUUGAUACUUGGUCUACCUCAUGAUCUAGUAUUAUUAUGGCAAAAAUAUCCAUAUGUUUUUAGUGAAUGGUUUUGCGUGAUUCGUGGUCUAUCAUCAGAAUUGUCAACAAAUGCAUCAAUAUUAACGAUUAUUGCAUUUACAAUUGAAAGAUAUAUUGCCAUUUGUCAUCCAUUACGUUCACAUACGACCUUAAAAUUGGCCCGUGUUGUUAAAACGAUUAUUAUUAUCUGGAUUAUAAGUGCUCUCUGUGCAUUACCUAUUGCUUAUGAAUUUGGUAUCGUACAAGUUCUUGAUGAUGAAGGCCAUCCAUUUCCUGGUAGUGAUCAAUGUGCAGUGAAACAUUUAUUAUAUGAAUAUAUAUUUGAAAUUGCAACGAUGGUAUUUUUUGUUAUACCAAUCUGUAUAAUAACCAUAUUGUAUAUAUUGAUUGGAUUAAAAUUACGAGCUUCAUCUAAAAGUGUUCAUCAUACUGUUAAUAAUAAUUAUCAAAAUCAAACAAAAUCAAUUAAUGAUCAUAAUAAUGAUGCUGAUGAUGAAUAUAAAAAUAGAUUAAAAGAUAAUAUAAAUAAUAAAAGUUUCAUACAUGGUCGAUGGCGAUCAUCCGGUAAAUGUAAUAGUAAUAGUAGUAGUGGUGGUGGUGGUGGUGGCGGUGCCGGUGGCGGUGUUAAUCGAAUCAAAUUUUCAUUUCAUACUCCUAAUCAUAAUCAUAAUCAUCAUCAUCAUCAUCAUCAAUCACAAAAUACAAAUGAUAAAAUACUAACGAUAUCCGGUUCCGGUAAUUUAAACCCUAGUUUGGGUGUUGUCACUACUAGUGGUGGUGGUGGUGCAUCAUCAUUAUCAUCAACACAAUCAUCACCAUUACAUACUACAAAUGGAAAUAAUAGUAAAAAUGACCAUCAACAACAACAACAACAUUCACCAUUACCACCACCAUCGCCAUCAUCACCAUCAACAACAACAACACAUGCAUUACAACAUUCAAUGUCAAUGUCUGUUCGAAGACAGAAUGCAUCAAGACGAGCUGUCAUUAAAAUGCUUGUGGCCGUUGUAAUUGCAUUCUUUUUUUGUUAUUCACCAUUUCAUGCACAACGUGUAAUGGCCAUUGUGAUGGCACGUAAUAAUGUUAAAGAUGAAUAUUUUAUUCAAAUAUUCACCCUAUUAACACAUAUAUCCGGUAUAACAUAUUAUCUAUCAUCAACAAUUAAUCCAAUAUUAUAUCAGAUAAUGUCAAAAAAAUUCCAAUUGGCAUUAAGAGAAACAUUACCAUGCUGUUUCUAUAUAUUUUGUUUUUUUCGCCAUCAACGUCAUCAUCAUCAUCAUCAACAACAACAACAACAACAACGAAAUACGACUGGACAAUCAAGUACAAUGGCAAGUGGAUUUCGUAGUUCAAAAUAUCAUCAUUCACAACAACAUCAACAUCAACAGCAGCAGCAGCAAGACAAAGAUCAUCAACAACAAUUUUAUCCACGUUCAGAAACAUUACAAUCAUUGGAUGUUAAUUUCAAUGUAAAUAAAUCAUUAAAAUAUCAAAAACAACAACAGCAGCAGCAGCAGCUACAACAAAAUUCUGAACAACAAUCAUCAACAACAACAUUCAAUCCGGAUGAUAUGGAUUUAUCAAACUAUUGUAAUUCAUCAUCAAUAAUUUCUAAUCGUUAAUUUAAAAUGUUUGUGUUUUAUCCAACAUUGAUUCAUGAAUAAUUUCCACAAUGGCAGCCGUUUUAUUCGCUGUUGUUGUUGUGGAUUUUGGAAUCCUAUCGGAAUAUAUCGUCAGUCAUCAUCAAUGAAGAUCAAUACUCUGAUUCGUCAAGUCUUUUUGUCGUUAUUGUUUGGCUGUUUGAAGUUGACAAAUAAUUCUGCUUGUUGGUCAAGUUUUUGCUACUUGUGAUCCGUUUUUUUUGUGUUGUCACCAUUAUUUUUCUUGUUAUUGUUUGACUUCAUUUUUUUAUUGUUGUUCAUCAAUUUGAAAGCAAAAUUCUGUUAAAAAAAUCUGAUCACGAAUAUAACAAAGACUACGGAUAACCAAACAACAACAACAACCAUUUUCAAUAAAGCAACAACAAACUAGAAUUUAAGGUGACGAAUAAAAAAAAAUAUUGGAAAAAUAUCAGAUUUCUUUCUUCGAGAAUGACCAACAAAACAAAACAAAACAAAAAACAGUCAAACAAACACCGAAUAUAGUGGAAUCAAAUUGCUGAUACUUGAUCAUCAUUAUAUUUAGAUGCUUGUUUCAUAAAUACCAUAUACGUGGAAAAAAACGGAAGUGGAAUCCUAUACCGAAACGAAAUAGCGAAAGAAAAAUUCACAAAUAUCGUUCCAUAUAUAUAUAUUUAUUAUCGUUCAACAUUUAUUUUUCUAUUAUUA